ACAUACACGCUGCGCAUCGGUGCCACACUGAACAGCAUUUAUAUAAAGGUUGGCAUUUCCAAGUGGGAUCGACUCUGAGAUUUCGCUUUUUUCUUCAUGAUAUCUUUUUAACCUUGUGGUUUUGUCGGCUGAUUAUUGAUGGCUGCUCCAUGAACUUGAAACAUGACGGGACAGCAGUGUCUCCUCCUGUGUUCACCUCUUCGGCACCUUCACCUUAACAGGUAGCUAGGGGGAAAACGCCGAUUUUUCUCGGGACGUGUACGGCAGAUGAGCACUAUUUUUGGGGGGACCGGUUCAAAUGGAAGACAGCACCAAACAGUGAUCACCUGGCUGUGACUGCUGGAGAGCGGCGCUGAUCACCGCAAUCACUGCAGGGCGCACAAUUAGAUCCUGUCCAUUCCUGAAGUUAAAUGGGGGAAACGGAACUGCGACAUUUGCAGCAUCUAUUUUAUCCCAGUUUGUGCGAACAGCUGAUUUUACCAAACAUUUCUUCUUGAGUCUGAUUACUCCAGUGGGUCGAAUAUCUUAUUCCUGGAUCCAAAGCUUGAUCUGACUGAGAAGGAUAUCUUUGCUCGAAUAAUCUCCCAGGUACACCGGAGGAGAAGACUAUGAGCUGACACACUCCAGCUUUUCUCCUGCGCUGUAACGGAUUUGGGUUGUCGCUGGAAGAUUCCUGCCAUCACAUGCAAGGAGGCUCUGCCUGUAACAACAUUGCAUAGAAAAAACCUUUGAUUUGUAAAGGCUGGAAACACAUUUACGCUGUAAUGGAUCUAAAAGACUAUUACCUGUUGGGUGCCCUGCUCGCCUGCAUAUGGCUUGAUCCUUCAAUAGCCCAAGAACUAAUAUACCCCAUCAGAGAGGAGUUGCAAGAAAAUGUGCUCAUUGGAAACAUACCAAAGGACCUAAACAUUUCUCAUACAAAUGCUGCCACUGGAGCAAGUGCUAAUCUUGUGUACCGGCUCGUCUCAAAAGCAGGAGAUAACCCUCUGGUGCGUGUUCUGAGCAGCACUGGUGAGAUAUUCACAACAUCAAACCGAAUCGACAGGGAGAAGUUGUGCCCUGGUCCCUCGUUUGAGGACAGCGAGUGCUCCUUUGAAAUUGAAGUGGUCAUCCUCCCUAAUGAUUAUUUCAGGCUGAUUAAGAUCAAAAUAAUUGUCAAAGACACAAAUGAUAAUGCCCCCAUGUUCCCAUCCCCUGUGAUCAACAUCUCCAUCCCAGAGAACACGCUCAUUAACAGCCGAUUUGCAAUUCCUUCUGCCACUGACCCAGACACUGGCCCUAACAGUGUCCACAAAUACGAGCUCAUCAAUGGGCAAAGUGCCUUUGGCUUAGACAUAGUAGAAACGCCUGAGGGGGAGAAGUGGCCCCAGCUCAUUGUGCAGCAGAAUCUGGACAGAGAGCAGAAGGAUACAUAUGUGAUGAAGAUCAAAGUGGAGGAUGGUGGCAGUCCUCAGAAAUCCAGCACUGCCAUUCUCCAAGUUACAGUAACGGAUGUCAAUGAUAACAGACCAGUUUUUAAAGAGGGUCAGAUGGAAGUGCACAUACCAGAAAACUCCGCUAUUGGCACAUCUGUUGUGCAGCUCCAGGCAUCAGAUGCAGACAUAGGGGCAAAUGCAGAAAUACGUUAUGUAUUUGGGACUCAGGUGUCACCUGCUACGAAAAGACUCUUUGCAUUAAAUACAACAUCUGGCCUAAUUACAGUGCAGAGGCUUCUGGACAGAGAGGAGACUGCUAUUCAUAAGCUGUCUGUUUUAGCCAGUGAUGGCAGCUCUAGUCCCGCCAGAGCUACUGUUACCAUAAAUGUGACUGAUGUGAAUGACAAUCCACCUAAUAUAGACCUGAGAUACAUAAUCAGUCCCAUUAAUGGCACUGUUUUCCUCUCUGAGAAGGAUCCCAUCAAUACCAAGAUAGCUCUCAUCACAGUGUCGGACAAAGACACUGACAUCAAUGGCAAGGUCAUUUGUUUCAUUGAGAAAGAUGUGCCCUUCCAUCUGAAGGCUGUGUACGAUAACCAGUAUCUGUUAGAGACAUCUGCUCUGCUUGACUAUGAAGGCACUAAGGAGUACAACUUUAAAAUCGUGGCCUCUGACUCUGGAAAACCCAGCCUGAAUCAGACUGCCUUAGUAAGAGUGAGGCUGGAGGAUGAAAAUGACAACCCGCCUAUUUUUACUCAGCCAGUUAUUGAGCUAGCUGUUAUGGAAAAUAACAAGCGCGACCUGUUCCUCACAACUCUCAGUGCAACAGAUGAGGACAGUGGGAAAAACGCAGAGAUAGUUUACCAGCUGGGACCAAAUGCAUCCUUCUUUGAUCUCGACCGCAAAACAGGGGUCCUGACUGCAUCCAGGGUCUUUGACCGGGAGGAUCAGGAUAGGUUCCUCUUCACUAUAACGGCAAGAGAUAACGGGACACCCCCUUUGCAGACGCAGGCAGCUGUUAUUGUAACUGUGCUGGAUGAAAAUGAUAACAACCCAAAGUUCACACAUAACCACUUUCAGUUCUUUGUGUCUGAGAAUCUUCCAAAAUACAGCACAGUUGGGGUGAUAACUGUGACAGAUUCAGAUGCCGGAGAAAAUGCUGCGGUUUCUCUUUCCAUACUGAAUGACAAUGAGAACUUUAUCCUGGAUCCUUACUCUGGUGUGAUUAAAUCUAAUGUGUCAUUCGAUAGGGAGCAACAGAGCUCCUACACUUUUGAUGUCAGGGCUGUGGACAGUGGCAGGCCUCCUUGCUCCUCAGCCGCCAAGGUGACAAUCAAUGUCAUCGAUGUGAACGACAACACCCCCAUCGUCAUCUAUCCCCCCUCCAACACGUCUUUCAAGCUCGUACCUCUCUCCUCUAUCCCAGGAUCUGUGGUAGCAGAAGUGUUUGCUGUAGAUGGUGAUACAGGAAUGAAUGCAGAACUGAAAUACACCAUUGUGAGUGGAAACAACAAAGGACUGUUCAGAAUUGACCCUGUCACAGGCAAUAUUACUCUUGAGGAAAAACCAGCUGUGACUGACAUAGGCUUACACAGAUUAGUGGUCAAUAUCAGUGACCUGGGAUAUCCUAAAUCUCUCCAUACGCUUGUGCUGGUAUUUCUGUAUGUCAAUGACACUGUGGGCAACUCAACUCUCAUCUAUGAUCUCAUCCGACGCACCAUGGAGACCCCAAUUGACCGUAACAUUGGUGAAAGCAGUGAAACUUAUCAAAGCGGUGACUAUUUAACCAUAAUGAUAGCCUUUGUUACUGGCGCAUUGGUAGUGAUUAUUGUCAUCUUUGUCACUGUGCUUCUGCGCUGCCGGCAUGCUUCCAGGUUCAAAGCUGCACAGCGGAAAAAACAGGGGGCUGAGUGGAUGUCACCCAACACAGAGAACAAGCAGAACAAGAAGAAAAAGCGCAAGAAAAGGAAAUCCCCAAAAAGCUCUCUGCUCAACUUUGUCACCAUUGAGGGAAACAAGCCUGACGAUCCUGCUCACGAGCCAAUCAACGGAACCAUCAGCCUGCCCACCGAGCUAGAGGAGCAAGGGAUUGGACGCUUUGAUUGGAAUGCCACACCCACAACAACCUUCAAACCCAGCAGCCCAGACCUGGCUCGGCACUACAAGUCAGCAUCCCCGCAAUCAGCCUUCCACCUCAAGGCCGACACGCCAGUCUCAGUGAAGAAGCAUCACGUGAUUCAGGAGCUCCCAUUGGAUAACACAUUUGUAGGGGGCUGUGACACCCUUUCCAAGAGGUCCUCCACGAGCUCUGACCACUUCAGUGCCUCGGAGUGCAGCUCCCAAGGAGGGUUCAAGACGAAGGCGCCCAUGCACACCAGACAGCAGGGAACAUUAACUCGUGCCCGAACUGAACUGAACCCUGAAUAUCUGGACCUCCGUCCCAGAGCCGAGCUGAACCCUGAAUAUUGGACCCCUUGCACCCCUUUAUCGCAGCGGCGUGUCACGUUUCACCUGCCGGAUGGCUCUCAGGAGAGCUGCAGUGACAGCGGUCUGGGGGACCACGAGCCUGUUGGCAGUGGCUCCCUCCUCACACAACCUCUCCCUCUGGUGCAGGCGCAGGACGACUUCUACGAGCAGGCCUCCCCCGAUAAGAGGACUGAAGCUGACGGCAACUCCGAUCCCAACUCUGAUGGCCCCCUGGGACCUCGUGGUCUAGUGGAAGCUACAGAGAUGUGCACACAAGAAUGCCUCGUCCUGGGACAUUCAGACAACUGCUGGAUGCCCCCGACGUUGGGAACAUACCAGCAGCCAAAAUCACCCGUGUCUAGCUUUGGGUCUCAGAAGGAGUGGGGUCCCAAGGACAAACUUCUCAAUGGACACACUCUGACCAGAACCUGGAAAAAUGAUAGUGGGCGGUCAGAUCCUUUUGGUGAUAGGAAGCAGUUUGGGAGUGGAGAGGGACACUUCACUAGCGGUGGCAUGGCUGAUAUUCCACUGGUGAGUCUGAAGUCCUGCCAGCCAGCUUCCUGCCCCGACAGCCCCAAGGACCAGCAGCUAUAAGACAGACUUUGUUUCUGUGCUGUGAGAUGUCCACAUGAACUCCUGUCUCUUUUAUUGUAUUCUUUCUAGUUUCAUCUCUUCCCACUUUAGUUGAUGCUUCUGCAGUGUGAUAGCCACAUGUACUAUGUAGGCCACAAAACUAUAGUGCUUAUGCUGUGUUCUCUACAAUUCAACUUUACUAUGGCUCUAGAGGAAACCUCAUUUUUUAUGAACAUCCAUGGAUUUCUUCAACGUAACAUUUUCUGUCCACUUCAUGUGUGAUUUGGACAAGUGGGUGAAGGACAUGCGUUAAAUGGAGAAAAUGUAAACAAAUUGCAAGAAAAAAAAAACUACCAUGGCUGAAGUAUAUACAAAUAUUUGUGGUGUGGUUGUUAUUGAGUUGUUCGGGACUAUAUUAAUCAACACAAUCAAAGAAAAUGGAAUUACAUUUCAGAGUGUGUUGUUCUAAUAACACUGUUAGUAGACACUCGUUUAUUCUGUCAUUGUCUGUGUGUUUGUAAAUAAGACUUAUUAACCACUAUCAUAUACCCGUAAUAACCACAGUGAUUAGGACAGUUCUUGGCUCUUGUCAUCAUAAUGGCUUGUCAUGAGGAUUUGGGAUUUCAACUGGACAAAGAUCUAUAAUGUGUCAUAAUGUACAACGAGAAAACAUCUACCCAAUUCUAUAAAAAAUCCAAAGGUUGAUUUUGAAACAAAUUUCCAUCCCGUAAUAUACUCAAAUGUUGCGACAUAUUUCAUAAUAAUUUUCUUCAAGUACUGCAAAACCACAGGCAAACAUUUUUUAAAAAAAUCUUUUGUAUAAAGGAUGUCAGUGCUCAAUAUGUGCAUUAUAAAAAUGAAAAGCUCUGAAAGCGCUCCUCUAUAAACUGAUUUUGAAAGUGUUCAGUACAAUUAAAUAGCAAUAUAUUUGUAAAUGGCUAAAUGUUUUAUCUAACGUUGAUCUUAUUACUGUAUAGAUUUUAUUCAAAUUGUGAUUUAACUGGGUGCAAUCCCCUCAGUAGUACCUGCAAUUUAUUGACAUAUGUAUAUAUAUUAUUUGCACACAGACUAUUGUUUCCAUCCAUAAGAAAACACAGGUUAAGAUAACAUUUAAACUAAAAUUAUGAAAUUAAACCUUUAAAUCUUGAAUCUUGAAUGAAUCACUUUAAUCACUGUGCCUUCAUGGUGUUUCUUCAAACACUGAAUUGUGCUUAUUUAAAUGACGAGAACAUGUUGGCUACAAAGACUGUCCUGUCUGAUAAUCAAAUGCCUUAUGCAUUGAAUGUUUGUCAAAUUUAGAGACACAUUCACACAGGUGUUAAGUAUGAAAUCCAGUUCUUGGCACUUAAGAAAAACACAAAGGCAUGUGCAGAUAAUGGGUCGACCAUGAAAGAUCAUCUGUCAUUCCACUGUCUGAAAAAGUUUGUUUUAUUCCACAGCAUGGAAGGCAAAUUACACAAUGGAAAAGCAUGCUAAAAGAUAUAGCUUUUAAAAAUUAACUUGAUCAUUUUUGUGUCAUUUUAUUUUGUUGGAAUAGAGUUGAUUUGUGCAUUAAGGAGACCUUCAGUUUGUAAAGCACUUUCAUAUUUAUGUCACAAUAUAAAGAAGUUAAAUGGGUUGGAGUGAUUUGCUUAUCGCAGUAUGUUCGUCAGU